AGCCCAACUCAUGUGAUGUCGGGGCGUAGUACGGAAGAUCUGUCAGGAGAAUACUGCAGGAAAAAUGAUGACGGGGACACGACAGUCGUUGUUGAAAAGGACCAUUUCAUGGAUGAUUUCUUCCAUCAGGUCGAGGAGAUCAGACACGGCGUGGCUAAAAUAGCUCAGUACGUGGAGGACGUGAAGAAGAACCACAGCGUCAUCCUUUCUGCACCGAACCCAGAAGGAAAAAUAAAAGAAGAGCUUGAACAUCUGAACAAAGAAAUCAAGAAAACGGCUAACAAGAUUCGCGGCAAGUUGAAGUCUAUUGAACAGAGUUUCGAUCGGGAUGAGACUGCGCAGCGGACAUCUGUGGACGUUCGGAUACGCAGAACCCAGCAUUCAGUACUGUCUCGAAAGUUUGUGGAAGUCAUGACCGAAUAUAAUGAAGCACAGAUUCUAUUUCGGGAGCGAAGCAAAGGACGGAUACAGCGUCAGCUAGAAAUAACUGGAAAAACUACCACGGACGAUGAGCUGGAGGCGAUGCUGGAAAGUGGGAGCCCGUCCAUCUUCACCUCGGACAUUAUAUCAGAUUCACAGAUCACCAGGCAAGCUCUCAACGAGAUCGAGUCCCGGCACAAAGACAUCAUGAAACUGGAGACCAGCAUCCGGGAGCUGCACGAGAUGUUCAUGGACAUGGCCAUGUUCGUUGAGACCCAGGGUGAAAUGAUCAACAACAUAGAAAAAAACGUGACGAAUGCCGCAGACUACGUAGAGCAUGCUAAGGAAGAAACCAAAAAAGCCAUUAAAUAUCAGAGCAAAGCAAGAAGGAAAAAGUGGAUAAUUGUUGCUGUGUCGGUGGUUCUGGUUGCUGUAAUUGCUCUAAUUAUUGGUUUAUCAGUUGGCAAAUGACGAUGUGGAUAGCGUCAGUGUGUGUCCCUCUCUGCCAGCGCGGCAAAAAUGAUGUUCAUUAUUAUUUGUGUAAUUAUUUUGCUUGUGAUCCUUGGAAUUAUCCUAGCAACAACAUUGUCAUAGCAACCAGCGCCCAAGAGCCAUCUAUCCUGGAGUCAGGCCACAUCUGCAGCAAAUCAGCAUCCUCCCAUUUCCUGAAUGAACCCUAGACAUUGUGACACGUGGCACUGAGUGCUCACUUUCUAUUAGUGAAUUCAAGAAGAAAACAAGAGAAUGUAUUGUUCAGUGAAAAAGCCGUAGGCAGAACGGAUGUGAUGAGUUAACCCAAACACUCUUGGACCCUGAACAACACAUCACAAACCUUUAACAAUGUGAAACUUGUUUCAAUGGCCUUAAAAUAAGGAAUUAUUGAAAUUUUCAUUUUUUAAAUAUUUCAGUGUUAAAAAUAUAUGUAUGUAAAGCUUAAUUAGGAAUAUUUUAUGUUCUGAAGCUAUUCGAUUUCAGGUCUAAGACAUCUUUCCACCCCUUCUCCCAGCUAACAAGCUAAUUAGGAGGUUUUUGUACUGUGUUUAAUUUGUGUUUAUUGUUUGAAAAAUAAUUUUUAUUAUCACAGAGCUGUUUUGUAACAUAUCUAUAAUUUUAAAUGUUUGUAAAUUGUUUAAUAUAUUAACAUCUUAAUUUACUCCAUUUUUAUAUAUUACAUAUUGGCGUUUUAAAGAAAUAGGAAGCUUCAUGGUAUUCGAGCCAUCAUUGCACAGCUGUUUACAAAGUUUGCCGUCAGCAUAGAAAACAUUACUUGCAAAGCGCCCCAAAAGCCUUUAAGUGCCUUCUGUUAAUAUUGGUUUAUAAGGUUUAAAUGCGCCCGAUGCCUUCCGGAAAAGUCUUAGUUAUUAUACUCAGUUCCAUUUCUACCUGUUUCAGUACCCAGAUAAUAAAUUAGUUACUGCACUGUAAAGACAAUGGCCUCUUCUUUGUUCAUUAAAAAUAAGGUUUGUUUCCCUGUUUACAUUAAUAAAGUCUGAAUUUAAGAUGCUGAUAAAAACCAAGAUCGAGUACUUUCUAUUCCUAGACAUUAAGUCAUUCUUUUAAACUGUUGAAUAGGUCACUUCAGUGUUCUUGUUAAGUACUUUUCUGCUGAACUUUAAAAGUUAAUUCCCAAAGUUUAUAGGAAUCGCUGAUAAUUAAAUGUUUUUAUUGCUCAUUGAUGGUUUUUAUUGUAAUAUGCUUUUGGCUUAUAAAAUGUAUGAAAUCUUGCUAGUGAACAGACAUGUAAAAGAUAGCAACUAGUCAACAUUUAAAAUGAGCGUGUGAAGGAUACCCAAAAUAUAGUUAAUUCUUGUUACGUCUGUAUGUAGUUGUAUAAGCAUGUGACUGUAUUUUAACGUUGUUUGGUUUUAAAACUCGUGUAGACAUGCUUGAUUUCAAACAAUAAGUGUGAAUUACACUGAACAGUGUAGAAGCCAUGUUCCUUAUUUAAUACGAUUAUGAACUCGUCAUUCACAGCGCGUAGCUCAGCUUUAAGUCCAUGUUUUUGCGUGUUGUUCACUUGCUGGUCAUCACUGGGUGCUGAGUCACUCCAGGGGCCUCUGGCCCUGACAUAUAUUAUUAAAUCUUUAAGUAGUCUGUCAGUGAGAUCUGCUCCCUGAUUUGUACUAACAUUAAGAUAUAACUCGUCUUGAAGGAUAUUUAACUUGAGAGAUCAUGCUUGUGUUAAUGUACCUUUAUAUACGUACUCGGCUGUGUAAUUAUGUGCUGAUGAGCUGUCUCUGUUGUCUGACGCUCUUAAAGUCAAGCCUGUUAAGCCCUCACCUUUUAUAAUUCUUACUGUAUUUUUUCAAGUCAUUCUUUCUAGGCUUGAAGUACUUACCGAAUUUGUGAUUUUAUAGUUGAAGUUAUGGAAAUGCUUUUUGAUUUCUAUUUGGAUAUUUAAGUCAUUCAUUAGAUAACACAUUUGUAUGUCUAAGCCUCAUGUACCUAUCUGACAUCAGAUUUAAACGAUAUAUUUAUAAGUUCAUUUGUUAUCUUUUAUUAUUUCUUCAAAUAUUUCAUGUUUACAUUGAAAGAACUCCGAGAACCCUGCCCCCUAAAAUUUACUUUCUACUUUGUCAUUUCUGGAAAGGUAUUUGGGGAGGUAUUUUAUUGCAUGUCCACUAAUAAACUGUUCUACUAAGGAAA